AUGUCCGACACAAUGCAGUCGACAGCCCCCGCCAAGCGACUGAGCGGCGCAACGGCCGUCCUCGACAACGACGACCAGACGAUCGCCCCGCCGACCCCGACAACGGCGACCUCGCCGCGCUUCGACCUGGACGUAGCAAAAGCUGACAAGGAGCUGAAGAACGCCGAGGCGGCCAGAGGGCGGUUCGACGACGUGACUCAAACGGAGGCUGCGCCGGGCUCCGACUAUGUCCCGCCCAAGCUGUCGCAGGGCCGCAAGUGGGCGCUGCUCUCAAUCUUGUCGCUCGCCAUGUUCAUCGACGUGCUCGGCUACUCUGCCUUCUUUGUCCUCACCGAGUCGAUCGCCCGCGACCUCCACGUCCUGUACGAGCAGUCGUCCUGGGUCAUCACCUCGUACAGUGUCACAUUCGCGGCGUUCCUCCUCUUCUGGGGCCGUGUGUCCGACCUGUACAGCGCCACCAUUGUCUUUGUCGGCGGCUUCACCGGUCUUGGCCUCCUGAGCCUCAUCAUCAGCUUCCUCAAGGACAAGUAUAGCUUCUUUGUGAUCCGCGCGCUGGCUGGUAUCGCCGGCUCUGCCCUCAUCCCCUCGAGCUACCGUCUCAUCACUCGCAUCUUUGAGCCUCAGGAGCUCACCCUCGCGUUUACCGUCUAUGGUCUCAGCGGCGCGAUCAGCAACAUGUGUGGCACGAUCAUCGCCGGCGUUCUCAUGAUCAACCAUGGUCACGGCCAGCUCGCUGCCUGGCGCUGGUUCUUCCGCCUGCUCACCGUCAUCAUCUUGCCCGCCUCGGUCGCCUCGUACAUUCUCAUCCCACGCUACCCGGGCUCCGAGUCGGGCGACGUGCGCGUCGCCAAGUGGCGCAAGCUCGACCUGCCCGGCGCGCUCAUGAUGUGCGCCGGCAUUGUGCUCAUCAUCCUCGGCCUCACCCUCGGAGCUUCGUACGGCUGGAAGAAAGCCGGCUUCCUCGCGCCGUUCCUCCUCAGCUGGCCCCUCUUCAUCGGCUUCUUCCUGUGGGAGAACUACCUCGGCGACCAGGCGCUCCUGCCCCCUAAGACCUGGCGUAUUCCCAACUUUACGGUCCUCAUCAUCCUCGCCCUGGAGGUCUACGCGUGGUGGGGCAUCAACUUCCUCCCGCUCACCGAGUACUUCAUCACCGUGGCCAACGAGAGCGCCAUCCUCGCCGCCACCCGGUCUCUGCCGGAGGGCAUCAUCGCACUCUUCGUCACCAUCCUCCUCGGUGCUGUGCCGGUCCUUGUCUCUCGCCCCAAGUGGACCAUCACGGUCGGCCUCCUCCUCGGUGCCACCGGCUAUGUCCUCAUGGCGCAGCCACACACGUACGUCGGCACUGAGUACUGGCGCUGGAUCUUCCCCGCCAUGAUCAUCGGCUCGGGAGGCAACGCCGCCAUCUUCUCGGCGGUCAACGUCGCAGUCAUGGUCUCGUCUCCGCCCGAGAUGGCUGGCGUCACUGGCGCCGUCCUCCAAGUUGCAUUGCAGGUCGGUGUUGCAGUCGCAUUCGGCGUGCAGGCCGGCCUGCUCACAACGAACCCCGGCGGCCUCUCCAAUGUGGACAACAUCCAUGCCAGUUUCUACUUCCAGGUCGGCUGGGUUGUCGUCUGGCUCAUCGGCUUCGUCGUGCUCUUCCGGCCGGGCAAGGCCCCUGCGACCGACCCCGAGGCCGCGGUGCCCAUUGCCUAG